CAAAAGGAAAGGGAGUGAGUGCACUGAGAAUAAUCCCAGAACCUAAGAGAACACAGGAAGAAAACACAGAGUCAGUGAAGUUAAAGAGUGAAUCUGCUUAGAGAAAGGGCCAGGGACUUGUACAUGAGAAAGCAAUGGGAGAAAUCUUCAGUUUCAGGAAAUUUUAUUAAUUGACAUGGACUGCUGCUCAGCCAAGAUCCUGCUCAAUUCGUGAACCUAGAAAAAGUAGAAACACUUAACAAAGCCGUGAAAAUCGGAUGUUAUACUUAAGGAAGGGUGCAUAUUAAGGAGGACAUGCAGUAGGAGGAUCGGGAAAUCUGAACCUUCCAAGUACCACAGCCAGUGAACACACGGAGAGGGGGAUGCAGCCGGGAAAAUGAGGACAAAAAGGAGCCUGCGUUUUAGAGACCGAAUGGCAAAUGCCCGUAGCUUUUCCCAUUGUUCAUCAAUAAAGUCAGCUUUACAGGACUCCUCUGUCUCAUCUGGGCACACAAAACUCUGGCGACGUAAAUUUUCCCGCACAGCCGCGGGAACACUCUCAAACAUCCUUUGCCCACCUGGAGCUCCUGCCGGGGCUCCACGUGGGUCCCGGCUCCAUCCUGGACUCACUCCCAGCUCCCACCGCCCGCAGCUCCCGCUCACCCCGAGCUCCCGGCGGUUCAGGGCAGCAGCGGUUCCUUGGCCCGAUGCCCGGACCGGGCCCAGCGCGGGAGCCACUCGUCAGCCCAGGUUUCCGAGAAAUGGCGGAGCGAGGGGAAAGGGAGGAAAGACCGUGCCGCGUGCACAGCCCACCCCUCGAUCGAUUGGCUGAUUUUGCCGUCACUCCUUUUUCUCGCGCGCUGAAUGGGCAGAGCGGAGAGAAGUCCCGCCCCCGAGCAGCAGUCAAAGCACUCCUAGCGCAGUAAAGGAGCAGUUGGCGGAGCGUCUGUCUGGGUCCGGAUGCGGCGGCAGUGGCCGGAGCCUUACGAGCCCCGAGCCCCCUCACAACCGAGCGCGGCUCCCACCUGCGCUGGAGACAAGUCCGAACUCGGCCUCCGCCUCACCGGGUUCCGGCCGCUGCCACCGCUCCUGGGCCCGCGCAGAUGCUGCCACAAUGGUGCCUUUAGCCACGGGGCCGGGCUUGUCCUUGCUCUGUCCAAUCAGCGUGCGAGAUCGAGGAGUGACGUCAGAAUGAGCCAACCGCAGCGAGGGGUGGGCUGUGCACGCGGCACGGUCUUUCCUCCCUUUCUCCUCGCUCCGCCAUUUCUCGUAAACCUCGCCUGAGAAGCGGCUCUCGCGCUGGGCCCGGCCCGGGCAUCGGGCCAAGGAACCGCUGCUGCCCUGAACAGCCGGGAGCUCGGGGAUUUUUCAUUCCCAAGGUGUGGGUGGACAGUGGAGGAGGAAAAGCCUCAGAGAUCCCUUACAAGGAGGGGCUGCAAAUCCAGCCCAGGGAGCUGCGAAAUGGAAAGACCCUCCCUGAGCCACGAAGGCAACCAGAGAUCCAGGCAGAGCUCAGAGCUGGUGGAGAAGCCUCAUGGAGGGGAGAAACCCCACAAGUGCUUGGAAUGUGGGAAGGGCUUCAGCUACAGGUCUGAGCUUAUCCGGCACCAGAGGAUCCACACUGGGGAACGGCCCUACGAGUGUGGGGAAUGUGAGCAGAGCUUUAGACAGAAGGGCCACCUAAUGGAUCACCAGAGGAUCCACACUGGGGAAUGGCCCUACAAGUGUGGGGAAUGUGGGAAGAGCUUCAGAGAUAUCUCUAUCCUGUUGCGGCACCAAGUGGUCCACACUGGGGAACGGCCCUACACCUGCGUGGAAUGUGGGAAGAGCUAUGGAUGGAGCUCUGCCCUGAGAAACCACCAGCUCGUCCACACAGGGGAGAGACCCUUCGACUGUCCUGAGUGUGGGAAGAGGUUUCCGACCAGCUCCCAUCUGCUCCUACAUGAGCAGAUUCACACAGAUGAGAGGCCCUUCCGAUGCCGCGAAUGCAGGAAGGGAUUCAAGCAAAACACCCAUCUCAUCAGACACCAGCGCAUCCACACCGGGGAGAGGCCCUACGAGUGUGGGAAGAGCUUCUCACAGAGCUCAACCUUGACCAAACACCAAUGGACCCACCGCUAAAGAAAACCCUGUGAGUGCCCCGAUGUGGGAAGAGCUUUGUGCUCUGCUCCAGCUGUGGAGAGUUAGGGAAAAGCGUGCGGAAGAUAUCGGGAUGUACGGUUAAGAUAGGGACCCCUCUCCCUCAGAGAUCCACUGCUCCGGAUCUGAGCUCACAGCCGGACGUGAGCUAGGGGAAAUGACCACUACUAUCUAGGCUAUAAAGACCCUUGUAACCCCUCAAUAAACGCCAUUUGCUGUCCACC